AUGAACUCUUCAACAACCGGCAACCACUAUCCCAUCGCCUCGCUGUACGUUGGCGACCUGGCUCCCGAGGUGACCGAGGCCAUUCUCUUUGAGAAGUUCUCCACCGCUGGCCCGGUGCUCUCCAUCCGCGUCUGCCGCGACAUCAUCACCCGUCGCUCACUCGGCUACGCCUACGUGAACUACCAGAACUCUGCCGAUGCCGAACGCGCCAUCGACACGCUCAACUUUGAGCGUCUGGGCGGCCGCCCCAUUCGAAUCAUGUGGAGCCAGCGUGAUCCAUCGCUGCGCCGCUCGGGCCUGGGCAACAUCUUCAUCAAGAACCUGGACCGCACUGUGGACAACAAGAUCAUGUUCGACACCUUUUCCGUGUUCGGCAACAUUCUCUCGUGCAAGGUGUCCUACGAUGACAAGUCCCAGUCGAAGGGCUACGGCUUCGUGCACUACGACACUGAGGAGGCGGCCACUAGUGCCAUCGAAAAUCUGAACGGCAAGAUUGUCAACGGAAAAAAGAUUUUUGUGGGCAAGUUUCUUUCCCGCAAGGAGCGCGAGACUAAGCUGGGCGGCGGACACCGUCGCUUCACCAACGUCUACGUGAAGAAUUUGACUGACCAGUACGACACUGACGAGAAGCUGAAGGCUCUCUUUGCCCCGCACGGCGAGAUCACUUCAUCGGUUGUGACCAAGGACAUCGAUGGCAAGUCGAAGGGUUUUGGAUUCGUGUGCUUUGCCAGCUCGGAGGGCGCUGAGGCGGCCGUCUCUAGCUUGAACGGCAAGGACAUGGGCGGCGGCAAACUGCUCUACGUGGGCCGUGCCCAGAAGAAAGCCGAGCGCGAAGCGGAGCUUCGUCGCAAGCUGGACGCCAUCAAGGCUGAGCGCAUCAAUCGCAACCAGGGCGUCAAUCUGUACGUGAAGAACCUGGAGGAUGGUAUCGAUGACCAGCGUCUGCAGACCGAGUUCAGCAGCUUCGGCACCAUCACCAGCGCCAAGGUGAUGUCCGACGAGAAGGGCCAGUCCAAGGGAUUUGGUUUCGUGUGCUUCAGCACUCCGGAGGAGGCCACCAAGGCGGUGACUGAGAUGAACAACCGCAUCAUCGUCUCGAAGCCGCUGUACGUCGCUCUGGCUCAGCGCAAGGAGGACCGCGAGGCUAACAUGGCCGCCCCUCCGCAGUUCCAGGGCCAGAACAUGGCUAUGCCGAUGCACGGACAGAUGAUGGCCGCCGGAGGCAUGCAACAGCCGCCCUACCUGAUGCCGGUGGCGAACCCCAUGGCUCACCGAGGCUUCUACCAGAACGCCGGCCCCGGAGCCGGUCAGGUGCAGCCCAACGCCCAGGGCAUGCGCGUCAAUCCGCGCUGGAAUCAGAUGAACCAGGGCCAGCGCCAGAAUGUGGGCCAGUUCAACCAGGGUAACUACCGCGGCCAGAACCCACGAUCUGCUGGCCAGCCCAACAUCCGUCCCGCCAUGCCCACCGGACCGGGUAGCAUUCCCGGAGCUAAUGCUCAGGGUGGUCGCUUCGUCCAGCAACAGGUCAUUCCCGGUGGUCCGCAGAGUCGCGCCCAGGUCCCGCGUGGUCCCCCGCAAGGCCCCGGUCUUCGUGCCGGUCCUCAGGGCGGUAAGCCCGCCGGUGGUGCCGUUCCCACUGCUCCUGGCAAUUUCCCGCAGCUUGGUGCUGAGGCGACUGCUGUCAGCCACGAAGAGCAGAUUCAAAUUCUGGGCGAAAAUCUGUACCCACUCGUGAGCAGCAUCAACGUUGAAUAUGCUGGCAAGAUCACUGGCAUGCUGUUGGAGAUGGACGUGGCCGAGGUUCAGCACAUGAUCAACGAUCCCACUCUGCUGAAGAGCAAGGUGGACGAGGCCAUGGCUGUUCUUCAGGCUCAUCGCGCCAAGGAGCUGGGCUCCAAGCCAGAGUAG